AAUACAUACAUACACAUGGUUAGAAAUCACACAUAUUGUUCUGUUCUCGAUCGAAAAGGCGGGAAACGACUGGCACCUGGUACGUGGUACGUCGUGAGUCGCGGUCGCGGGUCGCGAACUGUCGACUGUCGUCGUGGGUCGUGAUAUUGUAUUGUCGUGAGACACGAGCGGCAUUGAAAUAUUUCGUAAUAAGAGUACAAAUCAUUUUGCGAUCAAUUUGAUCGCACCGUUAAUAAAUUCUUAGUAUGCAAGUUGUUAGUUGAAGUAUAUAUACGAGUAACGGUUAAUUUAUAUGCAUGCGUACAUACAUACGUUAGCAUUUCGUGUUGUUAGCACGUCCGUUAGAAGUUUUAUCGUUAUUCCUGUUACUUUUUUUCACUUCCUGUAGAGUAACAGAAAGAAAAAAUUAUACCGCGCUUUUGAUCGGACGAGAAAAGAAUAAUAUAUAUGUAGAGAAAAAAAAGAAACAUUUCUGUUAUUAUAUCUCGAAACAUGAAAGAUAUCAAACAGUAUUUUUCCAAUGACACGAGGAUCGUCGACGAGAAAGCCGCUACAGAUUUUGAGAAGGAGAAACAGUGGAAAACAAUCACGACAAGUAAACGCGAACGCGUGAAGAUUCGAAUAUCGCGUACCUCUUCCAAAGAGAGGACGUGCGACAUAGUAGAAAGCAAAAACGAUCUGAUUGACAAAACGCCGAGUCCGUUCAAUGGCAAGGUAAAUAACGGCGAGAAAACUAUGCAUGAUGAGACACCAAAGGCCAAACCAAAGCGGAAUUUCAGGAAGGCUCCUAAACCCACAGAAAUAAAUGGAAAUCAAUCUGAAAAAACAAAGUACAUGGCACAAAAUAGAAAGGAGUUAAGUGAACAAUUUAUCGUAGAUUUAGACACGUCUAAUGACAGUACAAAGAAUAUUAAUGAGGCUAAAAAUGUAUCAAAUGUAGAACUCUGUAAUGAAGUUGAUUCUCAGCGAGAAGAAUCAAAUGCAUUUCAAGUUUUGAUGAAUCGUAGUAAACCAAUACAGUAUAAGGAACUCCCACAGCAAUCUAUAGAGGAUAUUGAGAAUAAAAAGAAACUGGAUGAUGUCAAAGAGUUAAGAUCUAGACAUAAAGAAAAACUGAUAGUCUUGGCUGAUAAAAAAGGUUAUUCGAAAAGAAAAAUUGCAGAGAUGGAAGAAGGUGAGAGAAUAGAAAAAAAUAUAGAAAAUCGCAUGAGGUUUUUUAAAAGUGAUGUCACAGACGACAUUACGCAUAAAAGGAAUGACAGUAUUGGAUUAUCAAUUAAAAAUAACAAACAACAGUCUGGGAAUUUGCUGGAUUAUUUCAGUAAAUCACCUUUGGGGUCGACAAAUGAAGAUGAGAAAUAUGCGUCUACUUUUAUCGUAAAAGCAGACGUACAUCGGACUGAUAAUUCCGACAUUGAACCUGUAGUGAAGUCAAUAUCGAACAGGAUAUAUUCUAGCAAAAGAUAUUCAAAGUCAAAGAAUUUUUCUACAGUGGAUGAUAUUCACAUCAUAGCAUCUGAAAAUUUGUAUUUAACGCAAACAGACAAGCAAGAUGUGCAAAAGCGGGAGAAACCUCGUUGGUCCUUACGUAUAAAAUUACAUUCUACAGAAGACAACGAUUCUUCAAAUGAUACCACCGACGACGAAUUAUUUUCACCGAGAAACAAAUCAAAAUUUAAUACCUCGAAUAAAUCUCGGAAUUCUGUAAAUAUGGAAGAUAAAAAAGUCUACUCGAAGGAUUGUAACGGUCAUAUUAAAACGAAAACGCCAAACAAGGAUAAGAAAGAAUCAAUCGGUAAACAAAAAGAGGACAAUGUGCAAAACACUGCGAAAGACGCUAUCGUUAUCAACAACAAUAGAGAUGCUGAUAUACGGACGAAAAAAUCGAACGAAAUUGCUAAAGUGGAACAAAAAAACACGAAUGAAACGAUCAUAACAAUGACUGAUUCCGAAUGUGAAAUUAUCAAUGAAUAUGUCUUGAAGAGAAAGCCGAACGAAAAACUUGCACCAUUAUUCAUUAAACGACGUAAAACAAAUCCGAUUGUCACAGCAGCUAGACGUUCGUUCUUGCAAUCGGACAUAAUCGACAUAGAGAAUAAGAAUACAGAUCGUAAGGUUCACAGCAACAAUGGCAUUUCUACAUUACCGUUUCCCGCAAUCAGUCACGUGACACAAUUGGAAGAUACGUCGAAUUCGAUUAGAGUAGAGAUCGAGUAUAAAUUUCCGACAAAAGUCGAGAGAAAAUAUUUGCCUUCGAUAGAUGUUAAUAAUUAUAAAUGUAUUUGUAAUUAUAGUAAAGCACCAAAAGCGGUUGAAGUGAAGAUUAACGAGCCUGUGAAGGGAAACAUUGAUGAAAUAUUGUCCGAGAUUGAAGAACUUUGUCCAGACGCGCGGAAAAUAUGGAAAACUAUAUCGACAAUCAAGAGCGAUUCGGAAAAAAAAUCGCCACUGUCGCGAAUGAAAGGCAGGAAGUCGAGAACGCUUGAGCGAAAAAAAAUGUUAACGGAGAACAUUGGAAACGAAAAAAGUCCGUUGCACGAUUGCGCAUGGACGUGUAAAUAUAAACCGAUGAGCGCGGAAGAGAUAGUAGGAAAUGAGGAAGCCGCGGGAAAACUGAAAGAUUGGCUAAGUGGUUGGAGAGCAUCCUUAACGAAAGAGGAUGAUGGCAGUAGCGGCGAUGAAUUCUAUUCGUCAGACUGCAGUUCCACGUGCAAUAACCGUGAAGAUAAUCAAAUAGCGGUAUUGUUGGGCCCAUACGGCAGCGGAAAGACAGCGAGCGUAUACGCGGUAGCGGAAGAACUCGGUUACAGUAUACUUGAAGUAAACGCGUCCUCUAGACGAACGGGAAAGAAAAUCUUAAAGGAAUUGGAGGAAGCCACGAAGUCGCACAGAAUUAAAAAGAGCAAACAUAAAUCUCCAUUUGAGCGAAUUGCAAAUGAGAAUGAGGUUCCGAAGAUAUCGCAAAACUCUUUAAUUCUUCUAGAAGAUGUUGAUCUUAUUUUCGAAGAAGAUGAAGGAUUCGUCUCUGCCGCAUAUCAUUUGGCAUCAAAGACUAAAAGACCAAUUGUCAUGACGUGUAGAGACAUGUGUCCUCACUUGAACAAAAUGGCACCGCAGCAAAACAAAAUUUAUUUUCAGAAAGUAAAUGGUAGCAGAGUAUCUGCCUUGCUGGAAUUAAUUUCGCUGGCGGAGACGAAUCGCAGGCUUCCGCAUAAUUGCCUAAUGAAAUUACUACAAGCGGGGGAUCUACGGCAGGCAUUGCUCCAGUCACAAUAUCUGCUACUAUCUGGUCCACCAGUAUUAUCCGAACGAUCUACGACUAUUAAGUCGUCGCUUUGGCAGAGCGUGCAACGUUAUCUGUACAAGCCUGCGAUUAAGAUGAUAAAUAGGCAUAGGACAAGAAAAGGUACAAAUACCAAAAAGUUCAAUGAUACUGCGUGUGUACUGAAUAAUUUAGCGGAGAAUUUGGACAGUUUAUCUUUAGUGUCGACUUUAAUCGACAUCGAAGACACAAUGUUAAAUAUAUCGGAGGAGAAAACGCAACCUAAUUUAUCCUUGGCUGAAAACAUAUCGUUCUAUUCCGCUUCGCACGAUCUCAAAGCGGAUAUAACAACUUUUAUUAGUGACCAAAUAUUCUGCAUUGAUUCGAAUGCAAAUGAACACAUGCAAAAUCAAGAUAAUAUUAUUCUGAGGAAACGACUGAACCGAGGAGUGGAUCUGGCACUAUCGCACGUCACGUCCGGAUGUUUAGAUCAACGAAUCAUGGCGUUAGAUUAUCUUCCGACAGUGCGAACAAUAUGUCGCGCGGAAGAAUUUCGCUCCACUAUCAAUUACAAACGAAGCAAUCGUUUUUUCCAUUAUCUGCACAGUUACGUACCGACGGCGUCGAUGAAGCCGAAUAUUUUAGCCGCUGCGUGUAAAAUGUUGCAAGAAAGAAAAAAUAAAACUAUAUCCGCAUGAGUAGUUAACAUUAACGAUACUAGCGACUGAUGCGAUCUAAAAAAACAUACAUUCUUUUUAUCUAUGAUGGAUGUGUGUGUGAUGCUUAUAUUUUUACUAAAAUUUAAUAUCAUGAUGAAUUAAAUAAAACGAAAGUUUUAUAGCAUAUUAUUUAUGUCUAUAGUUAUGAUAUA